GUGAAAGGGAUCACACACGAAUGAUCUACACAGCCUAGGCAGGCACCUCCCUCCUUGUUGUCCCUUUAUAAAAGGGACAUGCCUCCCCCUUUCGUUCAUGAUCGCUAGCUCGCUGCUUGCCUUUUGAUCCCUCGCUCCAAAUUGCCCAUUAUUCCGACAUACACACAGCACCAGCCGCCACCGCCGCCGCGGCUGCUGUUCUCCUCCUACUCUCUCCAUAUUAUCUCUCAUCUGAUCUUCACUCAUCACCUAGCUAUAUAUACUAGAUCCUGCUAGCUAGGUCCUCCAUAGCUCUAUCCAAAUCUCGAUAUCGCAAGCAAAUUCCUGAUCUCAUCAGUCCCUAUAGCUCCCAUGUCUGCCAUCUACAUGAGCCAGCUCUCCACUGCUCUCCCUCUCAUGGAGGGAGAUCACCACCACCACCACCACCACCACCACCAAGGCCACUUCCAAGCCUUCACGCUGCCAAAGGAUCCCCCAAUCCUUUUCCCCUUUGUGAUCAGCAAUAGUAGCGCCAGCGAAAGCAGUCUGAGCUAUGGAUCGGCAGAUCAUCACUUGUUGAGGCAGCAUCGUCAAACUAUGCUCGAGCCCCAACAUAUGAUUGGUGGAUCGUCAUCAGCUGCGAGUAGUGUCUUUGCGACGCCGUUCCCGACUGUGGAGAGCAUCCGUGACGACAUGAUCGAGCCUGCCUCGUACGAUCCAUACGAUAUGGGGAAGCUGCACCAGGUGGUCGGUGGCGGGUCGUCGAUGGAUGCUUGCAGCUGGACGCCGCCGGCGGCCAAGAUGAGGAUCACGAGGAAGGCCACUGCCGCCGAUCCCAGUGGUGCCGGGAAGAAGCCGAGGAGAAGGGCGCAUCAGGCAGCAGGGUACGACGCCGACAUCAACAUGAGCGGCCAACCAAAUUUGGGUGUUAUUAGGGUGUGCUCCGACUGCAACACCACCAAGACGCCCUUGUGGAGGAGUGGUCCUUGCGGCCCCAAGUCGCUCUGCAACGCGUGCGGUAUCAGGCAGCGGAAGGCACGGCGGGCGAUGAUGGCCGCCGCGUCUACCUCCGGGCCAGCAGCAGUGCCCGCCACCGACAGCGAUAAGGCCUCGCCGAGCAACGCCGCCGGGGCCGCAGCAGCACACCCCAAGGUGAAGAAGGAGAAGAGAUCAGUGGACGUGGACCGGUCGCUGCCGUUCAAGAAACGGUGCAAGGUGGUCCAGGUCCAGCAGGAUCACGCUGCGGCCGUCGCAGCUCCUGCCGCGGCCACUGACAGGCCGGCUGUCGUCGUGCAGCAGGCGGCCACCGCCGCCGAGGUUGGUGACGACGACGCCUGUCCGAGCAGGGACCUGCUUGUCGACGACAUUGGUGGGCUCAUCAGCUGGAGCAGGAGUCCGCCGGCGGCUCCCGCAUCUGCAGAUGCUGCCUCCUGCAGUUUCCGGGCGUCGCCGGCGUUGCCGGUGCAGCAGGACGAGAUCACGGACGCUGCCAUGCUGCUCAUGACGCUGUCCUGCGGGCUUGUCCGAAGCUGAUCGACGAUCGAUCUACCUCUACAAAGGCCCCAGCACCAUAGGCUUUUUGCAGCUAGCUACCUCUAGCUAGUGCCUUUGACUGUUAGUGUUACUGUUAGUGUUGUUACCAUCGUCGUUUACCCUACGACCUGUAGUUUUUUUUAUUUGGCUUCUUGUUCUUGUUGCCAGUGUAACCCGUGUCACUGUUCAAGUCAUGUGAUUCGUUUGAUGAGAGAGAGAGAGAGAGAGAAGAGAGUUGAGAGAACGGGACGAUAGGAGCGAGAAGAUCACGAGUGGAAGUGAUGAGGCAAAAUCGUGAUUAUCAUCUCUAGCUACAAUAGCCAGGACGACGAUAUAAUUAUUGCAUGUAGUGUGAGACUGUGAGGUGUUUCAGUUUUGAGUGCACUAGUUUUUUUCCCCAUGCUGUGGCUGUAAUCUGGUCAAUGGCUGCUAUUGUUAUUUAUUCUUCAUUCUGGUUGAGUUUCU